UCCAGUUGUAAUAAUAUUUGAUAUUAUACCAGAGAGCCCAGCAUAGACACUCCAAAUCCAACUGUCCCCUUCUUCAUGCUCAAUCCACUGUUCUUUAACAAAGCAGGCGAAGUAAACUCCUCGAUUGCACUCCCAACAGGAACAGAGCCAUCAUAAUUCAAAAUCCUCUCUCUCUCUCUCUGCAAUGGAACCCAGACCUCCAUUCCUUUUCAUCUUACUAGCACUCCUCUUAUCUUCCACCGUCACCAUCUCUUCCUCUCUCUCCCACAACUCAACUUCACCAUCACCACCACAAAUCUCUCCAACCAAAUCGCCCUCACCUUCAGCUCCAUCUCCAACGCCUACAAAACCUUCGUUCUCACCUCCAGCUCCAAAACCUUCAACAUCGCCAUCUGCUCCAUCAACCCUUGAUCCAAAACAGCUCCUUGCUCUGCAAUCUCUCAAUAUCCCCACCGUCAAGGACCCCUGCAUUCAGCCCUCCCUCCACAAUACCACUCUCUGCGACAAUGGCAAGCCCUUCCGCCACCUCCUCUCUCUCCGCCUCGUCAACUGCUCCGAUGACGUUGAAAUGUCCAUCACCGCCCUGAAAUCUCUAAGCACAUUGCAAGAUCUCGAAUUCCUAAACUGCCCCAUCCAGCCCGUUCACUUCCCCGCCGAGCUCAUCGCCAGCCUCCGCUCCUUCUCUUGUAUCAACAGCCUCCGUAAGCUGACCGGCGUUUUUCUCGGCCGCUUAAAGAACCUCACCGAUCUAACAGUCUCUCAAGUGACAGUUAACGCCAGCGGACCGAUUGUCAUUUUUGGUAACUUGAAGAAGCUGAGGUCUGUAACGAUUUCAAACGCCAAUCUUACUGGUUAUCUCCCCAAAAGAUGGCAUUUGAACUAUACCCAUAUCGAUUUAUCUGGUAAUCGACUCAAAGGAAGGGUACCCAGUUCAUUAACACUUCUCGGCGACCUUGAGUUCUUGAAUCUUUCUUCAAACACGCUCUCUGGUGAGCUCCCCACUUCGCUGGGGGACCUGUUAUCGCUUACAAAUGUUUCAUUUGCUUCGAACUCAUUGUCGGGUCCUAUACCCGACUCAAUGUCGGAGAUUCCAGGUCUAGUUCACCUCGAUUUGAGCUCGAACCAGUUCAAUGGAACCAUCCCGAAGUUCAUCUCAGAGAUGAAGCAGUUGAAGUAUCUCAAUCUUGAGAACAAUAACUUUCAGGGGAUCAUGCCCUUCAAUGGGUCUUUCAUAAAGAGGUUGGUCGUGUUCAAGGUAGGUGGCAAUAGCAAUCUUUGUUACAACCACACGAUUAUUUCGUCAAAGCUGAAGCUCGGGAUUGCACCCUGUGACAAAGAUGGGUUUCCUGUGUCGCCCCCACCGGCCCGGUCAUCGGAUUCAUACGACAGUAGCAGCAGCGGCGACGACGAUGAAAGUUCAGAUGGUAGCAGCAAAUCCAAGGAUGAUCAUCGCCAUGGACCAAGUAAGAUUGUUCUUGGAGUGGCAAUUGGGCUUUCAUCUAUAAUUUUUCUAAUUGUGUUCUUGGUUCUUCUCUCAAAGAGGUGUGGAUGAAAGAAAGUAGAGAUUAGUUUACUUUUUACAUAAAAGGGAAAAAAAAGAAAUUUAGGAAUUAUAAGUUGGUUUUGUUUAAUCAUGACUCGUGAGGAGUGGAUGCAAAGGGAAGAAAAGAUAAAGGUGGAAAAUCAUUGAAGGGGUGUAAUUCUUUUUUUUAUAUGUAUAAUUAUUUCUUUCAUUCUACUACAGCUGGAGAAGAAGAGUUCUCUCUCUCUGUUACCAUUUUUUAAAAGUGUAGUUACUAUGGAUUGUAUUAUUGUUGCCAUACAUGUAAAAGAGUGGCCGAUGAUUCAUUGGA